AUGACUUCCUCAAUCGCCCGCCGUCGACUUUUGCGUCCCAUUUUCUACUCCGCAGCCGCUGCAACGGUCGCCUCCGGCGCUUUUUACGUUGCCUACCGCCCCAUCAGCGUUCCAGGAUCAGAGGGUGCUCUUGUACCUCUGAAGACCGCCGAAGAUGGAAGUAUUCUCCCUCCUCAUUUUCCUCACCUCCGAUCUCGUGCCACUAUGCUAGCCGAGUUAAAAAGAAGCGGCGGAACCGUGGAAGACGGCGGAAGCUCAAGCCAUGUGAAAGACGAGGCCAAGAAAGGAUGGAAUAGUCUCACCAACAUAGCCAGUUCUGCUGGCAGCAAGAGUAUCGAUACCCUCGAGGAGACUCCGACCUCAGUCUCUCCUCCCGCUGAGGGUGAGGAAUACGACCUGCUCGUCAUUGGCGGAGGAGCUACCGGGACUGGUAUUGCGCUGGAUGCCAUAACGCGCGGCCUCAAGGUUGCUCUGGUUGAAAGAGACGACUUUGCUUCCGGAACUUCCUCAAAAUCGACAAAACUGGUGCACGGGGGUGUGCGCUACUUGGAGAAAGCCGUGUGGGAGCUGGACUACAACCAGUAUGCCCUUGUGCGAGAAGCCCUACGUGAACGCAAGUACUUCUUGGACACCGCACCUCACCUAUCUCAAUGGCUGCCAAUCAUGAUUCCCAUGCAGAAAUGGUGGCAAGCGCCGUACUUCUGGGCUGGAGCUAAGGCGUACGAUCUCCUGGCUGGAAGCGAGGGCAUCGAGAAGAGCUACUUUCUUACCAAAUCGAGGGCUAUCGAAGCUUUCCCAAUGCUCAAGUCCGACGAUCUGGUUGGAGCGAUGGUCUACUAUGAUGGCGCACAUAACGAUUCAAGAAUGAAUGUCAGUCUCGCCGCAACCGCCGGACUUUAUGGUGCCACGAUUGCCAAUCAUGUUGAGGUCACGGAUCUAGUCAAGGAUGCGCAGGGACGUACAAAAGGAGCGUGGGUGAAAGACGUGCUCGAAGAGAAGAAUGGACAAACAGCCAAAAGCUUCAAAGUCCGAGCGAAGGGUGUCAUAAAUGCAACGGGUCCUUUCAGCGACGCCAUUCGCAAGAUGGACGAUGAGAAAGUUCAGGAGAUCGUGGCACCAAGCUCAGGAGUGCAUGUUGUGUUGCCAGGGUAUUACAGCCCACAGCAGAACAGCAUGGGCCUGAUCGAUCCCAGCACCAGCGACGGCAGAGUCAUUUUCUUCCUUCCCUGGCAAGGUAAUACUAUAGCCGGCACGACGGAUGCACCAUGCAAUAUCACCCCACAACCAAUCGCUGGCGAGGACGAGAUCGGCUGGAUUUUGAACGAGAUCAAAGCCUAUCUCGCACCAGGUAUCAAUGUGCGACGAGGAGAUGUGCUGGCCGCAUGGAGCGGUAUUCGCCCCCUGGUCAAGGAUCCUAAAGCGAAGAAUACUCAGUCACUUGUUCGAAAUCACCUGGUAACCCUGAGCGAUAGUGGACUUUUGACGUGUGCCGGCGGCAAGUGGACAACAUAUCGUCAGAUGGCUGAGGAUGCUGUUGAUGAGGCCAUCAAAAUCUUUGGCUUGCAAACUCAAGCCAUCACCACAAAGACCAGGAUCUCCGGCACCGAGAUGAUUAACGACGCAGCACCCCUUGAUGGAACAUGUCAGACCCACCAGGUGCGGCUCGUCGGUGCUCAUGGAUACAGUAAAACAUUGUUUAUCAACCUAAUACAGCACUUUGGCCUUGAAACCGAAGUUGCGAAGCACCUGGCAGAAAAUUAUGGUGACCGGGCAUGGACAGUGGCCGCACUGGCGAGCCCGACUGAAGAAAGGUUUCCCGUUCGAGGAAAACGGUUGAGCCCGCUGUAUCCUUUCAUCGAUGGCGAGGUAAGGUACGCGGUCAGACAUGAAUUUGCGCAACGAGCCGUGGACGUUAUUGCCCGCCGUACGAGACUCAGCUUCCUGAAUGCCCAGGCGGCGCUUGAAUCGCUUCCGAAUGUGAUCGACAUUAUGGGAGAAGAGUUGAGAUGGAGCAGGCAGCGGAAGGAAGUGGAAUGGAAGGAAAGUGUUCAUUUUCUUGCCAGUAUGGGCCUGCCGAAGAGCAAACUGAAUGUCACGCGGAAGGAUGUGGAGUCUGGCAAAGUUGGCUUUGCCAGCGAGUAUGAGAGGAAGUUAUACUCCAGGCACGGUGAGUUUUCACCCACAAAGCUGAUCAAGAAGCGUACUGACGGCCUUCCAGAUGGUCCGGCCGAUACCCUCGAGUCUGAUUCCAAGCUAAGUCAGGGAGAGAACCCUGUGCUGAGCAAGCAAGGAGAGAGGAAGGUCGUCUGA